UUGGACGGGCAGCGCAAACUUGUUGGGGACGACAUGAUGAAUCUUGUGAGGAAAUGGGAGAGGACGGGCUGCAUGCUGCAGAUGGACGGGUGGUCGGAUAGGAGGAACAAACCACAUCUCAACGUGAUGGUUUCCUCCCCGGUUGGCACUGUGUUUUGGAAGUCCGUGUGCAUGGAAGGGAAGGAGAAGGAUUUAACGACCUACUUCAAGCUGUUGGAGGGAGUCAUCGAGGAGAUCGGUCCGCAGUCCAUCGUCGGCGUCGUGAUGGACAAUGCGAGGGUCUGUUCGAAGGCCGGGAAGAUGGUGGAGGCGAAGUACCCCGGGAUUUUCAGUCGCGAUGUUCAACAGAAUCGCAAACGCCCAGCCGUCACGAGGUUCGCAACGAACUUCGAAAUGCUGGAGUCGCUAAAGAGAGGGAGGACUUCACUUGAGCUGUGCGUCGGGAAUGUAGCAUGGGUUGAGAAGUUGGUGAGGGUUGAGCAGGUGGAGGCAUUCAACGCUGUGACGCGCACCAUCGUGGAAAAUGGCUUUCGGGACGAGGUUGACAGAGCAAUCGCUGUCAUGGAGCCCGUGGUCAAGUUGCUGUGUUUGGUGGACAGUCGCAGAGCGACUGUCAACAAAGUGUACUUCGGCAUGGACGAGAUCGUCGCACAGAUGCGGAUCCUCGACUGUUUGGCGGAGGACGAGAAGAUAGCGGUGGAGAACAUUCUCGUGGACCGGUGGGUGUUCUUGACAUCCGAGUUGCAUUGCGCUGCAGCCUUUCUCGAUCCGGAGUAUCGGUCGCCGACCAUGCGGGAUACGGAGAUCCGCGAGGGAUUCAACAUCUGGCUCUAUUCUUGGGCGCCACCAGAGCUACUGAAUCAAAUCAGUAGGCAAGUCGAUUAUUGGGUCCGCAGAUUGGGCACUUUCGAGACGCAAAACGCAAAGGAGCAGGCCAAGCUGCAAACACCAGCACUUUGGUGGGAGGCGUUCGGGGGAUCAUUGGACCUUCUCCAACCGCAAGCCAUCAAGCUUCUCGGCCAGAGACUGGCGAAGCUCGUUUACAGCAAUUGGAACAUCCAUUUGACCACGAGGCGGGAGCGCGAAGAGACGGAGGACAACAACAUUCCUUGGAAGGACAAUGACCUUGCGAAGACUGAGGUGGAGGAAUGGUACGAAGAUUGGACUAGGCAGGUCAUUGAUGGAAGAGCGGUUGAUGCAGCCGCGGCGGAGGUCGCAGAUGAAGAUGAUGAAGAUGGCCCUUUGGUGCGCACAUGGCAAAAGAACGACGCGGAGAUCGACCUUGCGGACGAGGAGGAUGACAUCGCCCUGCUCGGCUCAGUGCAACGCACCUGGCAUGCGAACACGAAGCCGGGGAAACACCGAGUCCGUGAUCUGCGCCGGAAGUCGGGCCUCCAGGAGCCCGAACCUGCAUUCGUUUACACGCUGGAGGGCCGUGACCGUGCCAUGAGCGCACGACAAGCGGGCGAUUGGGUGCACGGGAGAGAGGAGGCGUCAGGGCAUCGACAACGAAAACGAAAGGCAGCAACACUCGAGCCCGGUGAAGCAGGGUCAACGAGCAAGCGGAAGAGUAAGGAAGGAGGCAAUGAAGUCGCGCCAUUGAAAAGGAAGAGGGGGCGGCCUCCUCUUUCACCUGCAACGAAGGCUGCGAAUGCUGCAACGAAGGUUGUGAAGAAGGCCGCAAAAGACGAAGAGUUGCAGCCAAGGCAGCAAAAGGAUCCGGUGCAGCAGAUGCAAGGCCGAAGAGGAAGCGUGCGCGCCGGGUCAUGGAGGACGACGAUGACAAUCUGCAAUCAUCUUCAUCGUCAUCUUCCUCCGAAGAAAGAGCCCAAUCAUCAUCAUCCUCGUCAUCCUCGUCAUCAUCGGAGGAGGCUUCCGAGGACAGACAGUCGCAGGAGGAGUCUCCUGGGGAACACGAGUCAGGGGAGGAGGCACAGUAGACCGCACAAUCCGCACAUCACGUAGAUACAGACGAGUGUCCAGUGGACGAGCAGUCAAAGAAGUGUUCACAUUGUUGCCUGCUUAUGAAAGACCAAACUUUUAACAAUCU